AUGUUCAUAGAAGGUUGCACUGUCCUACCUGAUGAACUAGUUGAUGUUGUCGUUGAUAUUGUUCCUGGUAUUGUUGUGGCUGUUGCUCCUGCUGUAGCAGCUGUCGUUGUUACUGGAACAAUUGCCGAUGACACUACUGUUGAUGUUGACACUACUGUUGAUGUCGUAGAUGUUACAGUUGGUGCACUUGUAGCAGUUGUAGCAAUGGAAGCUGUAGCUAUUGUGGAUGUUGGUAACUUAGGAUACAAUGACGCAAAUUGCUGUGGCGUUUGUAAGAGCGGAUUUACUGCAACAGGUGCCGGUUUCUUAGAUAAUGACGAAGAAGGUUGCACUGUCCUACCUGAUGAACUAGUUGAUGUUGUCGUUGAUAUUGUUCCUGGUAUUGUUGUGGCUGUUGCUCCUGCUGUAGCAGCUGUCGUUGUUACUGGAACAAUUGCCGAUGACACUACUGUUGAUGUUGACACUACUGUUGAUGUCGUAGAUGUUACAGUUGGUGCACUUGUAGCAGUUGUAGCAAUGGAAGCUGUAGCUAUUGUGGAUGUUGGUAACUUAGGAUACAAUGACGCAAAUUGCUGUGGCGUUUGUAAGAGCGGAUUUACUGCAACAGGUGCCGGUUUCUUAGAUAAUGACGAAGAAGGUUGCACUGUCCUACCUGAUGAACUAGUUGAUGUUGUCGUUGAUAUUGUUCCUGGUAUUGUUGUGGCUGUUGCUCCUGCUGUAGCAGCUGUCGUUGUUACUGGAACAAUUGCCGAUGACACUACUGUUGAUGUUGACACUACUGUUGAUGUCGUAGAUGUUACAGUUGGUGCACUUGUAGCAGUUGUAGCAAUGGAAGCUGUAGCUAUUGUGGAUGUUGGUAACUUAGGAUACAAUGACGCAAAUUGCUGUGGCGUUUGUAAGAGCGGAUUUACUGCAACAGGUGCCGGUUUCUUAGAUAAUGACGAAGAUAAUUUCUAA